AUGUCAUUCGAAGCCCCUCCAGGAUCAAUACCUCUCCCGCAAGAGGAUGGGGGUCACGCCGAACACGAGACCCCUGCCACGGGAAGUGCUUCUACACAAAUUAAGCCGAUUCGAUUGGCGCUUGCCUGUAACCAAUGCCGAAAACGCAAGGUCCGCUGUGAUGCGCAGCAACCUAGCUGCCGUAAUUGCAGUGUCAGAGGCGAUGUAUGCGAGACUUCGGAUCCUAGGAAACCGGGCAAUUUCCCCGCUGUUCGGAGGCGCGCUACUAGGUGCUGUCAUAAGGGUAGAGGGGAGGUUGGGAAGUGCUUAUCCCCAGCGCGUCGUUCUUUGAAUACCCUGACGCCGGCUGCGUGCAAGGAGGAAUUCGAGGAGCAGGAGCUCGGCUAUUCCUGGUUCAUCGGAGAGCCCAGCGACUUCAUCGUGGCGGCAUAUCAAGAUUGUGCAGAGGAUCAAGGGCAAGAUGUCGUCCAGGAACAUGAUGCGCCGGAACAAGAAACAGUCUUGACACCGGAUGAAACUGUUACCACGGAUGACGGUACAAAUAACAAGACAAAGUCAUGCCACCCCCUCUUCAAACAUGGCAUGCUACACACUGAAGAGUUUCCAAUGCCUCUAAUACCAAAACUACCUAUACUCCCGGAUCGUCAAACCCUAUCUAUCUACGUCGACGCCUUCUUCUCACGGCUGUGGUCAAUCUACCCCGUCAUCGACCGCGCCUCCUUCGAAGCAGAUAUAGAAACCGUCCUCGGUCUACAAUCAGCCGGACCUACAGCGUGGCAAGAUAAAGUCACACUAUCUCAUAUACCCGCUCUUGCUUCCGUUUACGCAGUGAUAUCCCUCAGUAUGAAUGAGAUAUCGGGAAAUUCGGAGCUCAGCUUUGAUUAUCUCACAGCCAGUCAUGGCCUACAUGGACAUUUGACAGCGAUACCAUACAUGGCCAGCGUGCAGGCCUUAUUCCUUUUAGCGCUCGCGCUGAGGGCUAUUGCCAAGGAUGGCCAGGCGUGGCAUAUCAUCGGCCAUGCGAUUCGUAUGGCACAGUCUAUCGGACUGUACAAAUCUGCAGCGAAACAUCCAUCCGAAGACGGAUUUACUCUGGGAUAUCAGCCCGAGAGCUUGCGAGAACGACUCUGGUGGUCAUUAUUUGGGUUAGAAAAGCUCAUGCAAUUAGAGUGUGGACGACCAUCUAUUAUCGAUAGAAGCUACGAUUGCCUCGCCGUCAAUUAUUCGGACAGUACAAGUUCUGAGCAGAUUAACGCGUACUUCCGGGCAUGGAUUGCGUUGAGUAGCAUCAUGGGCAAAAUAUCGAACCGUCUCUACUCGCACAAGUUCAUGGGUGGAUCUGCCGAGAUGCUCGGCACAGUCGCUAAAUUAGAUCAGGAGCUCCUGGAAUGGGAGAAUUCCAUACCAGACACUUUGAAGCCUCGAAAGGCAUUGACCGACCACACUGGUCAUGAUCGUCAAAUCCUGGCAACCUUUCUAUCCCAGCAAUACCACCACGCCCAACUAAGCAUCCUCCGCGUCGCAGUAAUCUUCCCCCACCGCAGCAUAAAACGCGAAAUCGAAAAAAACAUCGCAUCCCUCCCCCACCACACCCGCCUCCUCGACGGACCCCUAAUCUGCGCCCACGCAGCCCGAACCCUCAUCACCCAAUCCCUCCAACUAGCAGACCGCGACCUGACAUCCACCCUCCUAUCCGUCUCCCCAACAUACCUCGCAGCCGUAAUCCUGGCCCUGGGCGUCCUCCGCCAACCAAACAGCAGACUCGUCAGAUCAGAUAUCGAACUGUUAUCUUCGGCGACGGAGUAUGUGGAGAGUUGGUAUUUGGCGCGCGGGUUUAGUUCGGCGUUUACGCAGACGUGUGCGCAUUUGCGUGAGAGGGUGGUUUCUGUGUUUCACCGGGUUCCGGGAAGUGCUGGUCAGAUGGGGACUGCUACUGCUACUACUGCGGUUAGUUUGGCGGAUUCGGGGUGUGAGGUUGGUGAGGGGGGAUUGGCACAGUCUGGGAUACCGGGCUCGAGUGAUCAGCCAGUACUCUCUGGGGUUUCUGUGCCGGCUGUGGUUGAUCAGGGUGUGGAGUUGUUUGGGGAUUUUGAAUUUGAGGAUUUGUGGAAUAUGACCGGGUUGGAUUUUAUGGUUUAUGAUGAGAACCCGUUAUUUACACAGUAG